GUCACAGUCACAUCCUUUUGCGAGUUCGAGUAGUGCACACCGGUGGUCGCAUCCGCAGAUCCGCGUCUCGAAUCGAAACCGAAAUCGCAAUCGCAUCGCAAUCGCAAUCGCUGCCGCUGAACAACCAUGGAUAUCUCCGCCUACCAGCACAUGAACAUCCGGAUGAGCACGCGUGGCAAGCGUCCUCUGCGGAACCUCACGCCCAACGAUAAGGUGCGCGCCAUACAGCGCAUCCACAACGGCGAGACAAAGGCCAGUGUUUCGCGGGACAUCGGAGUUCCGGAGUCCACGUUGCGGGGCUGGUGCAAAAAUGAGCAGAAGCUGCGCUUCAUGUGCCGCCAGCUGGGACCCGAUCACCUGGGCCUGGACACUCCACCGGAAAAGCGCGGCAAGUUCGAGCUGCAACUCCAGCUGCCUCCGAAGUUCGUGGGACUGCCGCCCAACUACGAAGAGCUGGGCUUCGGAGCACUGCCCUACUCCCCCGGCGAUUAUCCUGUCCAGGGAGAGUCCCUUCUGGAGAAGCUAAGCCUAGUGGAAUUUGUCAAGAAGAACGGCGGACUGCACCCGGAGGCAGUGCAUCCCGGUCAGGCGGCGGGCGUGGUGGACUACUCCAACAACAUGCUGCACCAGCUCAACCUGCUGGCCCUGCUCAACUCCAAGCUAACCCCCCAGACUGCCGAGGUCCUGCCGCUGGAUGCCACCAAGUCGCCGGAGGACAACAAAGCGGUUGACUCGCCCGCGGCCUCAGAGGACUACAGCAAAAACAGCUAUCCCCUGCUGAGUGUGAAGAACUGGGCCAAGGAUCCGGCCAAGCGGGUGACUCCGGCCAACCAGGCGGAGCAGGUGAACGACAAGAACAAUAAUGCCCUGGAGGCAAACGGUUCGGCACAACCGAUUCUGGCUGCGGAGCAGGCCAAGACUCCGAUGUUUCCGGACUCCACAAUGCCCCUACUGCCAGCUCCCUUCUCGAAUCCGCAUCCGCAUCCGAAUCCGAGUCCCGCGGACCUAGCGCCUGUGAUAGCCCCCAAUGGUGGCGCAAAUGGUAGUGGUGCUCCUCCCACUGGAACCGACAACCAGGGAGCGGCGCUGCUCGACUGGUGCAAGCUCUUCAACGCCAGCCUGAACUUCCUGGCCUUCGCAGCAGCGGCAGCUUCCAUGCAGCCCGGCGGUCAGCCCAACUACAAUCCCGGCCAGCUGACAAACGGGGGAUCGGAGCCGGAUCUAGAGACAUAUCCUUUCGGGGAGGGACUGCUGAAGCGGAUGAGUCCUCUGGCCCACAGCGAGGCCUCCAACGAGAGCUACUGCGACAGCGAGCCCGAGGACCUCUCCGUGCGAUCCUGCGCCUCGAAGGCCUCCAGCAGAUCGCACACCCCCGACAAGAGCAUCGGAUCCAGCGAUGCCGAGUAGACAGGAGUAGAUGGUAGAUGAGUUCUAGUUCUUAGUUCCAUAGUGUAAAUACCUCCAUUUUGAUUGUUAAUAGCCACCUUUAGUAUUUAUCGAACUCCACACGAAUCACGAACCACGAAUCAUUUCGCAAUGCAAAUGCCAUUUGUACUUAUCAAUUAACGUAUUAAUAUCAAUGCAACAGGUAUUAAUGGAUCAGCUUACUAUAGCUAGUAUUAACUAGGAAUAUCGACUGUGUGACUCUUCUCGUUUGAAAGCCAAAUUCAAUUCAUCUACACUUAUAAUAAUAAAGAUACUAAUUGUGUUAAGUAGCUUAAUUAUUUGGCACGUUCGCCAGCCAUUCCAAUCGAUUUGUUUUCGUACUGCUGUAAUCUCCGUAACUCUUAAUAAGCAUAUAAACUAAUUACUAACGAAACGAAUAAAUAUUUAUUAACAAGAGAAAAAUAAAAUU